GGGGAGGUAGAGAAGAAAUCUUCUGACACUGAAACAUAAAAAAAAAAAGAUCUCUGAGGCCUUGCAAAGGAGCCUUGAUUCAUGCAGGGAGCAUUGCUUUGACUGUAUUCAUCCUAUUCAACCAGGAACUGCCCAAGAAGUGGAGGAAUAGAGCUAGUGAUCUGGAUUUAAGAAGCUGAAAACCAUGUCUCUUCCCCGACAGCUGCGAGAAAAGAGUGAUUUUGACCAGCUUCCAGAUGAUGUACCUGUUUCAGCUAACAUUGCUGAUAUUGAAGAGAAGAAGGGCUUUACUAAUUAUUAUAUGUUUGUUAUUGAAGUAAAGGUUAAAGGUGGUGGCAGAUACCUGAUUUUCCGACGCUAUCGUCAGUUCUAUGCCCUGCACACCAAACUAGAGGAGAGAUAUGGGGCAGAGAGUAAAAAUAGCCCUUUUACCUGCACGCUCCCCAUAUUGCCAGGAAAAGUUUAUGUUGGGGCCAAAAAGGAAAUUGCUGAGAACAGGAUUCCUAUCCUAAAUGUCUACAUGAAGAACCUACUCUGCCUACCUGCUUGGGUGUUGAUGGAUGAAGAGGUACGGCUGUUCUUCUACCACUCAACCUUUGAUAGUGAACAGGUGCCUCACAGACUGAGACGGCUUCGCCCACGGACACGCCGAGUUAAAAGCAUUUCACCUCAAGUGCCUAUUUUUGACCGCAUGGCAACUCCACGGGCUGAGGCACUGUUUGAUUUUUCUGGAACCAACAAACUGGAACUCAGCUUCAAGAAGGGAGACUUGAUCUAUCUACUCAGUAGAGUAAACAAAGACUGGUUGGAGGGAACAGCUGAUAAUGCCACUGGGAUUUUCCCAUGUGCUUUUGUGAAGAUUAUAAAAGAUUUACCACAGCAGGAAGACACAGUUAAUAAAGUUCGUUGUUAUUACCAUGAUGAGACUGUGAGCACUAUCAGGGAUAUUUCAGUGGAAGAGGAUCUGAGCAGCAUCCCGUCAUUCAAAGAUCUCACAGAAUUGAUGAGGCGGGAGUUUGACCAAGAUGACAUUGUUUUGAAUUACCGGGACCUUGAUGGUGAUCUGAUCCGGUUGCUCUCUGAUCAGGAUGUUGAACUCAUGGUGUCUCAGAGCAGGAGAAGGCCCUCUGAGAAGCAUUUCUUCCCUUGGAAGUUGCACAUCACUCACAAAGAUGACUUAGGUGUCUACAACACUGGUCCAGGAAUAGGUGCUAUUCAAACAGUAAGAGCAACAUAA